GGCUCCCGCUACAUCCACGUCCAGCAAGAAGGCCGCUUUGAGCGAUGGCGCUGCUACUUCUCCGAAGGGACAGGUGCAACUCAAGGCGCCGGAGGUCGCGCCGAAGAGGCGUCGAAAAAAAGUGACACCGAAUGUGGCAUCGAAGUAGCGUCGAAAGAGGCACUGACUACAGCGAGCACGGUGGCGGGCGAGGAAACCGAAGCGAAUGACGCAACAACCGCGACCACUGCCGCGUCGCUUAGGGUAUCCCAAAAGCCGACGUCACCAUCCCGUCAGGCGUCUGCGCCACCAAAGCUGGUACCCACAGUGCCCGACCACCAUGCCGCCUCACCGAAUCAUUGCACUCCCGAGGAUUGCUCCCCGAAACAUCCUGGUGGUCCGUCCGAUAAGCACUCACCGAAACAGGAGGCGACACCGAGCAGCCCAUCACCGCCUAGGCAGUUCCCCUUCUCAACCGAGACCCUGGGCUGCCUCGUAUUCUUGACCCUAGCCGUCAUCAUCGCCAUGGUGUUCGCUACCGUUUACUACCUAACGGAAAGCAAGAACUCAACGGCAGCUGCAAUAAAGGCAGCACCCGAGUUGGCGAAUGCCUGCGCUGACAACAAUUCCCACGCGGGAUGUCAUAUUUCAUCAGCGGCCUGGCCCAACUCUUCCACGCUCUUCGCCAUCGACAUUGUCGUCGACAACGAGCGAUCGAAGGGCAACGGCAAGAUGUCGCCACCGUUGAAAAGUCCCAACGAUCUUGCGUAUAUGGCAACUGAAAUUGACUGGGAAGAUGGCUUAGAACGGGGACUGCCUUCCAGGUUCAGCAGUAAUGGUCGGAGUCAGAUGACG